AUGGCAGAUGACGAGGCUGAGCAGGCCUUUUUCCAGGCCCAAGCCCUAGAAGCUCAAUCGGACAAUGUGGUCGCAAUUGAAGACCAAACUGCAGACAACGAAGACGAAGAUGAAGAUGAGUACGACCCCUCGACAACCCUGGACGACCAAUACGACCUCAAUCCAGGUAAUGAAGAUCUCAGUGAUGCUGAAGAAGAUGCGACGGCUGCUGCUCCCGAUCCGACCGCUACCCCAGAGGUUGAUGCCAGCGCUACCGGUGAUGCCCCAGAUCCCUCCCAAGAGCCCCCGAAUGCUGAGUCUCAAUCGUCCACGCCAAUUCCAACUGCCGGCACGUCAGCGCAACCCCAGGCCAGAACGAUUGGUGGAUUUGUGGACGAGGAUGAUGACGAGGAUGAUGACGAGGACGAGGAAAAUGAAGAAGAUGAGGAGGCGGACUAUGAGCCGCCUGCGGCACUGGAGGUGGAUGAUACAAAUUCCAUGCCUAUGACCAUGUCUGGAGAUCCAAGUUCAGGAAAUGCAAAUCAAAACACUUCUCCUGAUGUAUCAUUGCACCUGGCCGUGCAAGACGCUGCCUCUGUGCCUGCCGUUGCCAAUAGUCUUUAUUCUCCUGUUCCUGUUUCUAAUAUUGAUCCCGCGGCUUCAGCCCAAGGACCGUGGACUGGGGCCGCUCUCGACGCGAGCCACCAGACCAGUACUGCUCCUACCCCUAUACCUGACGAGUCUGCAGCUUCCAAAGGCCGCUUGCCCCAUGAUACAGUGGGCAUCCUACAAGAUCGAGUUGAUGAGGACCCUAGAGGUGAUCUAAAGGCAUGGCUGGAAUUAAUUGCUGAACACCAGAAACGUAACAGACUGGAUAGUGCGCGCGAGGUCUUUGAGCGGUUCUUGAAGCUGUUCCCUAUGGCGGCCGAUCAAUGGGUGGAUUACGCAAAGAUGGAAUCCGACCUGAAUGAGCUUUUCCGCUUAGAGCAGAUUUUCAGCCGAACCCUUCUGACGAUCCCCAGUGUGAAGCUCUGGUCUGUGUACUUAGAUUACGUCCGUCGCCGAAACCCUUUAACAACAGAUACUACUGGACAAGCAAGGCGAGUAAUUUCUUCAGCAUAUGAUCUGGCUCUUCAGUACGUGGGUAUGGACAAGGAGGCUGGGGAUAUCUGGACAAACUACGUCGAGUUCAUUCGCUCUAGCCCCGGCACUGUGGGAGGCACAGGAUGGCAAGACCAGCAAAAGAUGGACUUGCUGCGUAAGGCUUACCAAAAAGCGAUCUGCGUUCCGACACAAGCUGUCAACGCUCUGUGGAAGGAAUAUGAUCAGUUUGAAAUGGGACUCAACAAGAUGACCGGACGAAAAUUCCUGCAAGAAUAUUCACCGUCGUUUGUGACAGCACGGAGCUCUUACACGGAGUUGCAGAACUUGACUCGCGAAUUAAAGAGAACCUCUUUCUGCAGAUUGCCGCCUAUUCUCGGCUCCGAUGGUGAUGAAGAAUAUGCCAAGCAGGUUGAUAUUUGGAAGCGCUGGAUCGCUUGGGAGAAGGAAGACCCUCUCGUAUUGAAAGAGGAUGACCCCGCUGCAUUCAAAGCGCGCGUGGUAUACGUCUACAAGCAGGCCUUGAUGACACUUCGCUUCUUGCCUGAGAUAUGGUUUGAUGCCUCUGAAUUUUGCUUUCUGAACGACAUGGAAAAUGAGGGCAACGAGCUUCUCAAGCAAGGCAUUGAGGCCAACCCCGAAAGUUGCUUGUUAUCUUUCAAGCGGGCCGAUCGCUUAGAGGCUACGUCAGACUCGGAGCAGGAUUCUACUAAGCGGGCAGCCAAGGUCAGAGAGCCGUACGAUUCGCUUCUUGAAGCGCUUUAUCAGUUGAUCACCAAGGCCAAGGCCCAGGAGUCUCAAGAGAUUGCGCGUAUUGAGGAGAGCUUUGCGGCCUUAAACCCCGAAGGCCAAGGCGCGUUCAAUGAAGAUGACGACGACGUUCCCAACGAGGUUAAAGAAAGGGCAGCUGCAAAGUCUGCACAAAUAGAAGCUGCUCAGAAAUCCCACGGCUCUCAAAUCAACCUACUUUCGAAAACUGUUUCUUUUGCUUGGAUCGCUCUCAUGCGUUCUAUGCGCCGCAUCCAAGGCAAGGGCAAACCAGGCGAACUGGCGGGAUCCCGGCAGAUCUUCGCAGAAGCUCGAAAGAGAGGGCGUAUCACUAGUGAUGUCUAUAUUGCCAGUGCCCUGAUGGAGCACCAUUGCUACAAAGAUCCUGCAGCAACCAAGAUCUUUGAGCGAGGUGCCAAGCUGUUCCCGGAAGAUGGUGAAUUCGCUCUUGAAUACCUGAAACAUCUCAUUGACAUUAAUGAUAUUAUCAAUGCCAGAGCGGUAUUUGAGACAACAGUUCGGCGGUUGACUUCCAACCCUGAAAAUGCUCAUAAAGCCAAGCCUAUUUUUGCUUUCUUCCAUGAGUACGAGUCACGCUACGGUGACCUGGGCCAGAUCAACCACCUGGAAACCCGGAUGCGUGAGCUCUUUCCUGAAGAAUCUGCUUUGUAUCAGUUCUCCCACCGUUAUGCUGUCCCCUCAUUCGACCCCACGGCCGUCCAGCUCAUUCUGUCUUCCACACAAAUUAAACCAAAGUCAGCGCAACCUGACAUGCUGCCAGAGUCUCGCCUUGACUUGCAAGAUACAUCCUUGAGCUCACCAAAACGACCUUAUCCUGUCGACGAUGAUUAUGAUUCAGAUCGUCCUCGCAAGUUCGUUCGUGCCGAAUCCCCACUCAAGGCCGUUCAAGGUCGCCGCCCCGACCAACAGAAGCGUGUUCAACAAUUGAACGGACAAAUGACUUCCUCAUACAAGCCGCAAGGAUCCCCUGCUCCUCUGCCCCGGGACGUGGUUCAUCUUUUAAGCAUCAUGCCAUCGGCCUCCGCUUACAACAUUGCCCGUCUUUCCCCCGAGAAGAUGGUUGACCUUCUUCGUCGAACCGACAUCCCAGGAUCUACCUCUCAAAUUCCUUUGCCAGCGCAUGCUCGUGGCCUUGGAGGCGCUCAAAACUCAUACACCGGUAAGUCCGCUCUACCAUUGCCAUCUUAA